ACUAUCUAAAGGCCCAUCCAAACCAGUCAUUGAGGGCGGGCUUUGCUGCCUUGCUCCAAUUGGCUGAGACACGAUGCUUCUCCUCUGCUAUUGGUUAAUCGAGCCGCCCCGCCACUGGAGCUUAGAAACAGCGCCACGGUUGAUUUUCGAGUCGGUGCUCAUUCACUAACAUGGGCGCGUUUGUUUUGUUGACAACACGUUUCACAAAAACUCUGCCAGGAUACGAAGAUGCUUCCGAGUGUCGAGUGAAGUGAACCAUUCACUAAUUUCACCAGACCUGAUUCCACUUUACCGCCUUCAGAACCGGGAGUUUAAACCGCGGCGUUCGAGCAGGAGUCGGCCGGUUAGCCUCUGUGGGUGGAGCAGAUUGGUGAACGUUCCUGCGAAACAGCGGAGAAAAUGCGAUAAAUUGGUCUGAAUUUGACACAAACGGUGUAAAACAGAAUUGUGAAGAAUGAAUGGAGUUCAGGUGAAUCUGAGAGGGUUGCCCUCCCAUGUGUUGGAGGCUGUGUGCAGACCUGACACUGUACAAAACACCAGGUUGACAGAGAGUGGCAUCGGUCCCUUGACAUUCCCCAAAUCUAAAAUGCACCUUUGGGAUCCUACUCCAAAUGGUGAUCUUGUCCAUGUUCACCUUUCAUUAUACAGAAAUCCUAGACUGCUUCUUCUAGAGAAAGCUCUGCGUCUGGCUCAUCGUCACGCUCGACAAAGUAAAAUGCUGCAGUUUUCCUGUUUCUUCAUUGGAACUUUGGCUGUGGACGGUGAUGAGGAAGGUGUGACGUUAACCCUGGAUCGAUUUGAUCCCGGCAGAGAGCAGCCUGGCUGCCCUGGGAAGGCUCCAACUGCCCUCCUCCCUGGGGACGUUCUUGUGCCGUGCUUAUUUGAAGCUCAGCCUGUUGCUGACAGCACUGUGUACUCUGCAGAUGACUUUGACGUCUCGUUUAAGAUGCUCCAGCAUUGCUGCAGCAGCAGAGAAACUCUGGAGCUGUCCAAGCUUUUGGGCCUGCGGGCUCGUCUCAGCUGCUUGGAGAACAUGGACCGGCUGAGCUUUGGGUUAAACUGGGCAGGUCUGACACUCGCCAACUCGCUGGAGGCUGUUCCUGUUCGGGCAGUGCCCAUCAUCCCUACUGCACUGGCCAGGAACCUGAGCAGCCCUGUCAGCAUCGCUCAGCCUCUGCACUCUGCAGGGAGGAAGCGAGGAUUCCUGACUAUGGACCAAACCCGCAAACUGCUCCUCAUACUGGAGUCAGACCCCAAAGUCUACACUCUGCCUCUUGUAGGAGUAUGGCUGAGUGGAGUUACACACAUUCAUAAUCCUUUGGUGUGGGCGUGGUGUCUGAGGUACCUGUACAGCUCCUCCCUCCAGGACAGAGUGAUGUCAGAGAAUGACGCGUUCCUGGUGGUCCUCUACUCUCUCACUCACAGAGAGCCUGAAUUCUACCAGUGCAAACUUCGUGGUGGGAUGAUGGAUAUGAGCUUUCAUCUUCUUACCAGCACGGAAACGGUCACACUUUACAAGAAUGUAGAACCAUCAGAAGGACGUUCCCUGCUGUUUGAGCUCGGUACCGACCACCAGAGCAGGGAGGCUGAGCUCUUUAAAGAAGUGUUGUCUCGUUCAGCACAACCAAGGAAUACUAGAGCUGCGUCCUCAGCGACAGCCCAAAACAAACUGUCCUCCAGUGAUCAUGACUCAGGAGUGGAAGACGAGGAUCUUUCACCACGGCCUUCUCCUAACCCUCAUCCUGUUAGCCAGCAGGCAAGACAAGUCCAUCCCUCAGUUCCUGAGCUCUCUAUGGUAGCAGACGGCAGCUUUCUUGAUGGAAAGAUAAUGGAAUCAUAUGAUCACACACUUCCUCAUUCUGCCCAAUUGAAUACUCAUCAGAGGAGCUUUAGAAGUGCUAAUCAACAAACUGGACCAGGACCACGACCACAACCACCACCAGCUCAGAGUGGAAUGGCUGGACCACCCCCUAUCAGAAGACCACUGACUCCAGUGCUUUCCCACCCAAAACCUAAUAGAACACAGUCUACUUCGGCACAUCAAACACCAAAGUCUUUAGCAGGCAAGAGAGAUGUUCCCUCUACCGGUCGAAGAUCCAGCCACGGGUCCUCAGCCUCAUCUUCAGCCUCAUCCACGACCUCUCUCAAAUCUGGCUCUUCACCAAACAGCUCGUUCCAUCAGCUCAUGCAGAGAUCUGGGCAGGAUAUUGUGAGUAAGCCCCACCCUCAUCCAUCCUCACCAUCUGGGCCACCAGCACAAAGCCACAGUGGCUCCAGAAAGGCCUCCGUCAUUCCAGAACAAACUCCCAUGAUGCACCCGGCUCAACAUAGGCUCUUCCAUAGCACCCCUGCUUCCAACCCUGCCAUCAACACCUGCAACUGCUGCCCUACUCACCAUGGCCACAUGCCCGUGUAUCAAAACAAUACCUGGCAGGGGACUCCUUCUCUUCCUCCACCUCCUCUUCAUCAUGCUCAUCCUGCACACACAGCCUCCAGCAACCCAGUUCUCUGUUCCACUGAAAGCAGCCCUCAUAGGGACUGCUAUCUAUCUCCAACACGACAGUCCUUAGGCUGCCAUGUGUCUCCCACUAAGAGCCCUGUCUGCCACGCCAGUGUUCCCCUGCACUGCUCACCAUCACAUGGGCCCAGCAGUGGCGCACUGGAGCACAGAAUACCAGCCGCCUGCCAGGCCCAGUGUUGCCAGAUGCAGACAAGCUUUCCUGGCCAGCCCAGUUCUGUUGCAGUUCCUCCACUAGAGGGAGGUAUGGGCCUACUACCUGCUGAUGCCUACAAGAUGCUGAUUGAGCAAGACCGGCAGCUAAAGCAACUGCAAGCUCAGAUCCAGAAGCUUCUUGAAGCCCAGAGUAAGGUUACUGAGCCCUCACAAACAGCACCUGUGGAUCAUCAGUUGGAACCAGUCACUCAAACAUCAGCAGCAGUUUCUGAGCCCCAAAAGAAGACCAGUGUCAGCAUUGCAGUAGGAACAGGUGCCAGUUUGUUCUGGAGUGGUCCUGAUCUGGACACUAAACAUGGUGGCCUUUCUCUGGAGUGUCCUCCUGAGCCUCAGUGGCAGACUGGUGGUAAUGACAGUAGCUCUGUUUCCUCAAGACUUAGCUGUGAUGAAGUCAACCACAGUAGAGAAGAAGAGGGCCCUGGAACACCUCUCCACUCCUCAAGAUCACCACAACAUGACACAUCAUCAAAUGUAGGAAUGCCCUCCUUUCAGAGUCCUGUUCUGGGGGAAAGUGCAAGCAUGUACUACCAACCUCAGUCUCCAGAAAGAGAGGACGUCUCUGAAGACCAACAUGUACAUGAUCAGCGAUUCUAUCAAGAGCUAUUGGGUCAGGUGAACAGUCGUCUCCAGGAUUCUGCAACUGAAGAUACAGUGGUGGAACGAGAUGUACCUAACCCUCAGCACAGACACAGUCUGUCACCUCUGCAGUCCGAGUGUUCACCUCCAUAUAAACGCACACCUAAAGCACAGUUCCUGGACCAGAGGUCUGCUGUUUCAGAGCAGAAUCAGGUGAUCGAUGCCACCGUUAAACAGCUUCACCACCUCGGAGUGACAGUGGAGCUGAAUACUCAUUCGGGAAAGGCCACCCGUACCACUGUGGAGAGCGCCAGCACUCUGGCUGCCAUAAACCCGGAAGCGGUAAUUCCGAGGCUGGCUCUCUCUGAGCCGGUCAGCACCAGCAUCUGGGGGCUGAGCGGUGGAGCAGAUCUGAGUCUGGAGGCCAACGCCAUCGCCCUGAAGUACCUGAGUGACUCCCAGCUGUCCCGGCUCUCCCUCGGAGGCCAAACGCCCGCAGCUCGCUCCAACCCCGGCGCUGUGCUGUUUGGAAAGACUCCAGUGGAUAAGAGUAAUGUAGGCCUGAGCAUUCUGUCCUCCAGCAACAUGUCCUUAGCUAGCUGCCAGUACAUGAAGAGGUACGGACUGAUAGAAGGUGGAAGCAGCAGUGAGGAGGAAGAGGAUGGUGACGAGGCUCAGAUGCAGAGAAUACAGACAGAUUCUGCUCUUGGAUGCUCGUUGCAACUUAACAACUCGGAAAAUAUUGGACAUGUCCAGGAAAACAGACCUGGUUUUAUUUUGAAAAACCUAACGAACAAUCCACCGGAACCCCUUACCCAUCUGCGCACAUCUCCUCCAGAUUCCCAAAGCCAGUUAAUACGAGACUUGCGUCCCAAAAUGCAGCUAUUAACUCAUGGAAAGACAAGCCCGGACAAGGAGAACGGACCAAAACUCCUUCCUCAGCGCCGUUCUUCUCUGUCUGACAACCAGAGGCUUUCACCACUCCCAGAAACUCCAGGGUCUGUCGGAAACUUUCUAGAUCUAGGGCGAUUACGGCAACUCCCUAAACUCUUCUAAGUUAUGGUAGCAAGACGAUAAGGUUUUAUGUUUGCAAAUGAUGCCACCUUUAAUAGGUUCCAGGGAGCAGGGAUUUUUUAUUUUUUAAAUUUUAUUACUUGAUCUAAAAUCUUCUCUUCCUCAUUCUUUGUUGUAGUGUGCCGUAAAUACUCUCGUUUCUGUGUUCUUUUAACUCGUACCAGAUUUUAUUAGAAUAGCUUUUCACUUUCUUUAUUCUUGUAUAUGUUGUAAUGUUGUCAUUAUUUAAAGCUGGGAUGAUUUCUUUGAAAGCUUUUACAUGUGUAUCUGUGCCAAGUUUUAAUCUAUUAAAUUGCAUUAAAUAAGGAAGGCCUUGUAAAGUUUUGGCUGAUACAUUUUUUUUUUCCCCAGAUUUCUUUUUAUUUUUUUUAAGUGUAUUUUAUUUUUAUUUUUUUUGUCAUACAUUUAAGGCCAUUCUGUGGUUUUGUCCAUUUUACUUGAAUAUGAAGUUUGAAAUACUUUUUUUUUUUAAUUACUCUGCAAAUCAUUUGAGACUUUACAGAUCUAUAGAGUAUUUUUCUACUCUUCUAUGAAACUGCUUGUACAUGCAUACAUGUGUGUCUGUCUAAGUGCUUGUUUUAUUUCUUUAGAUGUUUUAACACUAUUAAAAUCUUUUAAGCAGC